AUGUGGCAGGGUCUGCUUCAUGCUGUGGCACUGAAGAACGAUGACGACACGGUGUGGCUCAUCCAUUUGGCAUUUGCACAGGUUCUUCACAACGCGUCAUGUUUCCACCGCAGAAUCAUUGAUCCAUUGAACAUGUACCCGCAGAAACUGCUGUUGCUUGCGAAGUCACCAGACACCGAAGACUGUGCUGAGCGAAGACGUGUUGCCCGCGAGUUGUUAGACACAGAACCAAAGGCGCUGGAAAUCAACGCUCGCAAGGUGAAGGCGUUGUUCCCGGUAGACCUGCUUGCUGCCGCCAGCCAGGGUUUGCUCGUCGGGCCUUUACGGGUUUGCAUUCGUGGUGUGGCUAGGGUAUGGCAGGCUGACACCAGGGAGAGCGAACGUAUCAACAAACAGCUUAAGCUGACGGCUGAGCGUUGCCCCACAGCCUCGUUUGAACUGCAGUCCAGCCGGGCGUGUAUUAAACACUUCCUGGGAGAGGCUGGCCACACAGGCUCCAGCACACAACGUCGCAAAUGGUCGACGUACAGGCCAACAGCCGUGUCCAUGCUUCGGACUUGCCUCACGGCUUGGCACGAUCGACUGGAUAUCCAGGAGGACGUCACUCGCUGGCAGGCACCGCCCGACGACAAAGAUAUUGACCUGCGGCAGAUCAACAGCAUUAUGCGCAGUCUGUAUCCAAGCACAAUUCCUGCAGUGCACAGAACUUGGGCAGCUUGUUACAACAUGUUGCUCAACCGUGCCCUGGCAGAAAGGGAGAGCAAAUGGUUGCCACACCACGUGCCAGUCAUCUGCUUUGUGCAACGGGCGCCAGGUGUGACCAAGAGCACCUUCUCAUAUUACUGCACAUGUGAGAAGGUCAGAUCGUCGCACAGGCUUGUCCAGUGUCAGUUGACAGGCAAUGGCAGCAAUGACAACAUAUGGAUUCGCGUCCACAGGCCUCUGUUUUUUCAGAAUGCCAUAGACGUGAUCGCAUCCCACUGGCGCAACGUGGUUGGCCCUCCGGCCGGACUGGUGCAGAUCUGCAUCGUGAAAGUUCGCCGGCCUACCGAUUUCCUCUGUGACCUGAGCCUUGUCGGCGCGUCUGGUGAGAGCAUGCCGGAACCGGUGACCUUACUGAGGCCGCCGUCCAAGAAAAUGCAGCAAAAUCUACAUGGUGCAGAUGCAGACCACAGACAGAAUGACCAGCGUGAUCCAGACGAGUCACAGUCACAAGAGCAUGGUAAUGACGGUGACAGUGACGGUGAUAGUGAUGGGGCCGCCCACGAUCAUGAACCAGAACCAGGUGCGGGCACAUGUGGAGAUUCUGACAUCAUGGAAGGACUGCACCUUUUGAUGGAAGCGGCGGACGCCCUGCCGGAUGCCGACGACGACGACGAUGGCGAUGUGACAACAGAGAUUGGUGCAGCUUGUGCUGCGCUCAACAAAGCUGUUGACGAGACAUGCAGGGCAGCGUUCGUGUCUGACGAAAUCGAGCAUCAGGAGGAUGUGUUGAGAGCCGAAUAUCGUGAAGAGUUGCUGGAAGAUGAUUUGCUGUGUGCCGACCAAGAGAAAGCACUUGAUGCAGUGCGAACUGGUGUUUGUCCAAUGCUCGCUCCCCACGUUGCGGCAGCCUUUCCCACUGCCGACAUGGACGUGGAUGCUCGUGAGCAGGCUGUCGAGGCAGUGCUGAACCAGGCCACUGUCAUGGGCAAUAGCCAGGACUACUUGCACGCAACCGAUCUCGACGAUUCUGGCAAGGGAUCACGAUCGGGCGCCGGCGAAUCCGACAGACUCGCCUCGGCCUUGAGUGAAUGGCUGUCGAGCGUGCAGCCUGGACUAGCUUCACUGGACUAUUAUACGUCGUCUCAGGGCAAGCAGCCCGGAGAGAAUGCGGACUCAGGUGUGUCAUUGGUGGCGCUGCCCGAAACCGAAACCCACAAUGACGAUUGUCCUGCUUCGAGUUCGAGCCGUGCGGUCUUGACCGGGCCAUCGCAGUUUGUUUUUGUGCAAUGGACAGAGCCAGGGGUGAAAGGGCGGAUUGCGGACUACGACGAGACCACCAACCGUGUGAAAUGCAUAGUUCCAGUCGGCGCCAAGAGGCUUCCCAUCGACUUCACUGCCAGGGGUGCAUCCAUUUUAAUUCCAGCCACAUGUGUACGUGUGCUUCGUGAACGCAGGGUGAAGUCACAGCUGCACGACUACCAGCCAAACCAGGUGCCUGCUGUACUGCUUCGUCUAAUGGACAUGCUUCGGGCCGGUCAGAGCAAGCUGAUGGAUGGGAUCAACAUGACGAUGGGUGACUCAGUUCCAAGCUGUUUCGUUUGUGCACGGCUUGAUCUGGACUUGCCUGGCGGCAACCCUAGUGACACUGAAGACAUGAGUGGUGAUGUGGACCGGCAACGGAACCCGUGCACUCUUUGCCCUGUCUGCAUGUUGUGCAGUCAUAGUCGUUGCUGUGACAAGAUCUUUGCCGAAUUUCAAUCGAGAGUCGAUCACAGUUUGGCUAGCUGGCCUUAUCCCAGCACGUGCAAAGCUGCAGACAACCUCCCUCAGAUCCUCCAUGACAUGAGUACGCGGGGGGCUUGGACAUUGGACCCAUGCGAAUCCACAUGGAAUCAUGUACUAUGUACCACCUUGUGA